AUGAAUAAAUCAACGGCAGAUAUAUUAGAGAGUGAUAAUUCCCUUCUAGAAAGCAUAGAUAUGUUUGAUCAAGAUUCUAUAACUACUUAUACAAAAAAGGAGAGUACGAAAGUUAAAUCUUUAAAUUCCAAGAGUUCUAGUGGUGUAAGUUCACAGGAAUUUGAAUUUCCCGACUGGUCACAACCUGCUUCAAAUAAGAGAUCACAAUCAACAACGAACCAGCCCGAAAAAAGGAUUAAAACUGACGAAAAACCAUUCGCAAAAGGAUUACUAGAAGACACUCUGGACGGCCUAAAUGUUACUGAUAUCAUAAAUAAAUCCAAUAAAAGUAGAUCGAAUGCCCCGAAAGUAGACGCAUUCGCAAACUAUUUGCAAUUCCCGAAGCAACAAUCACCCGAAAACAACCACAAAGAUGUUAGUUUAUCGUCUACCUUUUUCAAUACGCAAAUACUAAACGAGAUAGAUUCGACAGCUAACAAGGAAAAUUCCAAAGAAUCAACAUCAAAUAUGGCAAAAGAUGCAUUAGAAUCGAACAAAUUCUCAAACAUCGAAAUCGAUAAGAGAUUGCAGAUGUUCCAAAACAAACUAGUCACCAGCGAUUGUCGCCAAGAAAUCGUGGGAAUGUUCGAACAAAUCGAACGCACCGUUUGCGCUAUGGGAGAGAACCAUUCGCAAUUGAAUAUAUCCGAUGAAAUGUUGGACUUGAUUUUUAAUAAAAACACAGAUUUCACUCAGGACGAUAGAAACAAUUUAUUCUUAAAUGCCACCAAAAGUGAAGAAUUGGCUAGUGCGGAUCUAAGCUUCGGAACCCUCAUUAAAAAGGCUUUGAUCGCGAAUUCAGCAAAGUCGCAAUUAAACAAAGAAAAGAAACCGGAACCUUUGAAUUUAACCCUUGCGGAGAAGGCUGUAGAAUUUAUAAAUUUAGGUCCUUUCUACGGGCUACCUUUAAGAGUAAAACAACUAAUUAAACAAUACAAAGGAAUAGACAAUUUAUAUGGUUGGCAAGACGAAUGCUUAAAACUACCAGCAAUCGAAAGAAAAAAGAAUUUAAUAUAUGCACUACCUACAAGCGGUGGAAAAACUUUAGUAGCCGAGAUACUCAUGUUUCGGGAAUUAUUGUGCUACAAAAGGAACGCUAUAUUUAUUUUACCUUAUGUAUCAAUCGUGCAAGAGAAGGUUUGGGCCUUAUCUCCUUUCGGCGUGGCUUUAGAUUUCCUAGUGGAAGAAUACGCUUCUAGUAAAGGAUCUUACCCGCCCAGGAAACGAAGAAGGAAGAAUUCUAUAUACGUUGCUACUAUUGAAAAGGCCUUAGGGCUUAUUAACAGCCUUAUAGAAACCGACAGAUUGCACGAAAUAGGCCUUGUAGUUGUAGAUGAAUUUCACCUAAUAGGUGAAGAUGGCAGAGGGGCGACCUUAGAAGCCGCCUUAACUAAAAUCCUGGUUUUAAAAGCGAAUAUUCAAAUAAUCGGCAUGAGCGCUACAAUAGGAAAUUUACCAGAUAUAUGCAAGUUCUUGAACGCCGAGGCUUACACUAAUUAUUUCCGGCCGGUCGAAUUGACGGAGUAUGUUAAAUGCGAAAAUAAAUUGGCGAAAAUCAAUUGGAAGUACAAAGACGAAGAAGAUUUACUAGUGGAUUGUAAAACUAUCAACUUUCAGUAUUCACCCGAAGUUUUAAAAUUGGAUCCCGACAUGCUGGUGGGUUUAGUAAUGGAAAUCGUCCCGCAAGAGUCCUGCUUGGUAUUUUGCCCGUCUAAAAAGAACUGCGAAAACGUCGCUAGUCUAUUAUCUAAACUUUCUAAACCCGACUUAAAGAACCACCGAAGGACCGAAAAACAACAAAUAUUAAACAAUCUAAAAGCCGAAGGAGGCAAACUCUGCAACAUACUACAAACCUCCAUCAAAUACGGAAUCGCCUACCACCAUUCAGGCCUAACGACCGAAGAAAGGCGCAUAAUCGAAGACGGCUUCCGCUCGAACGACAUCUGCGUGAUCUGCUGCACGUCCACGCUAGCAGCAGGAGUGAACCUGCCGGCGAAGCGGGUGAUCCUUCGAGCGCCCUACGUCGGCCGGGACUUCAUCAGCCUGUCGCGCUACAAGCAAAUGGCCGGUCGAGCGGGGCGCACGGGCCUGGGGGAGUACGGCGAGAGCAUCCUCAUCGCCCAGCCGCAGGACAUGCCCAAAGUGGUGGAGCUGAUCAUGUCGCCCAUGAACAAGGCCCAUUCGGGCAUGCACAAGUUCGACGGGAUCGGGCUGAGGCAUUUUCUGUUGAGCUGCAUCAGCUUGGGGAUAGCUAAUAGUAGAUCGGAGUUGCGGAGGGUGGCGUCGCGGACGUUGCUGGCCGUGCAGAAGGAGGAGUUGAACGUGGAUAUUAAGAGGAUAACGGAUGGGAUUAUUAAAAGUUUGUUUAAGUUGGGAGCGUUGAGGGAAUCCUGUGGGAAGGUUAAAGAAGAGGAAAUCGGGAACAAUGUAUCAGUUGCAAUGGAUACAUCUCUUCAAGGCGCUUCGGUGGUCGAAAAUUCCCCUGCGGAUAAGACUAAGAAGAAAAAGAAGACUUUGGUUUUGAAAGAUGAUACGAAACUGGUCGUUAGCAAAUUGGGGUGUGCUGCAAUAAAAGGUGGUUUGGAACUCUCCAAAGCCCAUAUACUAUACGAAGAUCUCUCCAAAGCACAAUCGUCUCUAGUUCUAAAAGGAUAUUUACACCUCUUGUAUCUGAUCACUCCUUACGAUUUGGCCGAGCAAAUUACUCCCAAUAAGCAAACGUAUUACGAAGUAUUCAUUAGACUGAAUUCCAACGAUAUGGCGGUUGCUAAAAAUUUGCAAAUAAACGAGGCGGUUGCGAUGAAGCUGCUGACGAAUAAACCCGUUACGAGCGUUCCUAAACGUGUGAUAAAUCGCUUCUAUCUUACUUUGAUGCUCUACGAUUUGUGGAACGAGGUGCCCGUGUUCACAGUAGCAGAAAAAUUUCAGGUAAAUCGAGGGAUAGUUCAAAACCUGAUGACUUCGGCGUCGACGUUUUCAUCGAACGUGGUGAGUUUCUGCGAGCAACUGGAGGAAUUGUGGGCGUUCGCCUUCCUUUUGAGAGGAAUGAGUCAAAGGUUGGAGCAUUGUUGCGUCAAAGAGCUUCUGCCUCUUAUGGAUUUGCCGUCGGUUAAGCAAGGUAGAGCUAAACAACUGUAUAAUGCAGGAUAUAAAACGUUGUCCAGUAUCGCAAAGGCGAACGUGAAUGAUUUGGUUGAAAAGGUCGAAUUUAUGUCGAGAAAGGUCGCUGAUCAACUCAUAGCGGCUGCUAAGAUGCUGCUCCUCGAAAGAGUGGAAAACUUAAGAGAGCAAGCCGAAGAUGUUUUAGACGGGAUAGAAGCACCCAAUUAA